AUGGGAAUAGUGAAAGAGAUAAAGCAUCGAGUUCGAACUUCCUUAAAAUUAUACAAAUCAAAACGUGGAUCAACUAUUGACCUUCGAAACCUUCCCAUCGAUUGUCUUGAGCGCAUCUUUCAAUAUAUAUAUACCGACACUUCAAAUGACAACAUCGUCUCCUCAACCAUAACCAACUUGAAUUCUCUAUUUAUGUGCGCUCAAGUAAACAAACUUUGGUGCGCACUUUCAAUUCCUGUAUUAUGGCGUCGUCCCUUUUCUGUCGCUCUCGAUGGGAAAAAGAAUGCUCAAUUAAUAAAUACCAUCAUCUCAUUCCUUUCCGAACAAGAAAAGAACAUCUUACGUUACCAACAAUUAAAAUUUGACUCUUUUAUGACUCAUAAGUUCAAUUACUUACAAUUGAUUAAGGUAUUGGACUAUGAUAACUUUAUUAAAUCAGUUCAUAGGUGGGUUGUUAGGUAUCCCAACGAUUGCAAGGAUUUUACAAAAUCUCGUGUGCUCACGCAAUUACUUGGCAAGGUUCUCCUCAAGGAAAAUGCGUUAAGCGGAUUCAAGACAUUUAAUUACUUUCGUGUCAGGACUUAUGAUAAUUUUGAUUUUAUUCCAUUAAACAAGUUAAACCCUCAAAAUUCAUUUGAUUGGUUAAGUCAAUUGACGCAACUGGAGUAUAGAAAUCCCCACAGGGUUAACAAGAUGAAUUUGAACGAAUUCCUUGAUUUCUUUAGUAUCAUCACGAGUAAUUGUAAUCAAAUCAAUAACCUAUCUUUAGAUGUUCGAAUAGAUGACAUGGAGGUUGAUCCUUCGAUCUCCAAAUUAUUAUUGAACGAACAUGAUUACAUGAAAAUCGAUCAUUCGAUUUCCGAAUUAUUAUUAAGUCAACACAGAUUAGAAAAUUUAUCAAUUAACUUCACCUCCAAAACGAUUUAUAACUCGAUUUACAAACAUGUGAAUUCUUUAUCUUAUUUGCAUAUUAAAAAAAUGAACGACGUUUCUGAUUUGCUUAGAAUCAUUACAUCCUGUAAAGUUUUACACACUUUAGAAUUAGAACAAAGCUCUAACGAUAACUUCGUCCGGGAUAGUUUUAUCGCCAACUUCCCUUUAUCACAACUUUCAAUCAAGCAUUUCUAUUUUAAUUUUGAUAAGGAAAAUUAUGAACUCUUCUUGAUGAUGAUCCUUGAAAUGAUAAAUUCAAACUUAACCACCUUUUCAACAAAAUUAAUCACUCCAAACAUUUUACAAAUCCUCUCUUCUUAUUGCACAAACAUUACCUCUUUGAACGUCGCAAACAUUCUACAAAAUAUAAACUUCAAAUCUCUAUUGGACUUCAUUACAAUUCUUCCUUUACGUCAAUUAUAUUUAGAAUUACCGUAUUCCCAUUUUCAAGAAAAUAUGUUCGAGAUUAGCAACUUAGCUUCUUCCUUACCAACUUCUUUAGAGUGCAUUCAUUUAAAAUGUUUUAUCUCUCCUCAACACUUGAGUGAUUUAUUAAAUGAGUCACAAUCACGUAUUAGAUCGUUAUGGUUAUAUCACGUAGAUGAUAAUUACGUAGAGUAUUUGAAAAUAUUAUACAAGUAUUCCCAUGAGCAUGACAGUUGUUUAAAAGAUGUCAAGUUGGGUUGGAAUAAUUUAGUUAAUCAUAGAUGUAGAAGGAAGAAUAGAAGUUGGAGCGGUAGCGAUGACGAAUUUCAAAGAACAAUGUCUAAACGCUUGAGAGAUGCCAAAAAUAGCCAAAAGAUUGUGAUUUCAGUUAUCAUGAAAAUAUUUUCGAAAGGAAACUGA